AAAUUGUUUACCCAAUUUAAAUUUAGGUUGAUGACAGGGUAAAUAUCGUUACCCACCAAUUUUGUGGCCUGACAAACCAUGUGAUAUAGCUUUUGUUGUUUCCAGCAAUUUGUGCAGUGUUAAUAAUGUUGCAAUUUAGGCUAAUGCACAAAAUGUUUAUCUUUGCAUUUAGAGUUAAGAAGUAUUCAGAACAAUUUCAAAUGGCAUCUUCCUCCGGGCAAAAUAUUACUUCAUCAAGCCCAGCUGUAACAUCACAACCCAUAUCUUUGGUUGGUAGCAUGGGUCUUGUGCAAAACACAGGACAACAAAUUGUUCAAAAUAUGAAUAUUUUGCAAAAUCCAAUUAAUGUGCAUCAAAUUGCUGCUUUGCAAGCACAAGCUCAACAACGGGCUUCAGCUCAACAGGUCCAACCAGUUGUUUUGGGAAAUCAGCAUGGUGUUACCACCCUGCAAAAUGUUCAAGUGUUGGGUUCUGCUACUCACCACCAAGAUGGGAUAGGGAAUCUCCCUAUCAAUAUCAUUACAACAGGGGGUCAAACUUAUGCAGUUGCUUCUAAUCUUCAAGUUGGUGUACCAUCACAGAACAGUGUUCCAGCCCAAAUGCAAAUCCGAUCUAUUGCGCCUAAUGCAGCCACGGUUGUCAAUCAGCUGCAAACAAAUCAAGUAGCUGUGCAGCAAGUUAGAGGAAACAUUCAGCAACAACGUCUUCAAAAUAUUGGAAAAACAAACCGUUUUCCAGAUGGUGCAUCGACUACAACUAUGAAUUCUCCGAACACAGGUGGAAAGGCUGUACAGCAGGGGAACUUAUCGUUACCACUACAGUCCACAUCACAAUCUUCAAACACCAAUUCAUCGUCAGCUGCAUCUCAUAGUCAAAUUUUAACGAAACGGAAACUUCAAGAUCUAUUGCAUGAGAUUGAUCCUACUGAAACAAUGGAUGAUGAUGUUGAGGAAGUCCUUCUGCAGAUUGCUGAUGAUUUUAUUGAGAAUGUUAUCAACUCGUCAUGUCAGAUAGCUAAGCACCGAAAGUCGAACACAGUAGAAGUAAAAGAUGUCCAGUUGCAUUUAGAUCGAAAUUGGAACAUGUGGAUUCCAGGAUAUGGCAGUGAAGAUUUGCGUCCUUAUAAGAAACUACCCUCUACAGAAGCGCAUAGACAGCGUCUAGCGUUAAUCAAGAAAGCCAUGAAGAAAUAAAGUCUCUAAUCUGUGGUAUUUAUGCCGACAAAUUGCAAAAGUGGGCGAUGAUGAUCUUUGCAGAGUGGCUUAAAAGUUGGAGAUGACGGUCUACAAAGUCACAUAAAAGUGGUAUUGGAAAAUUCUGCAAAUUGUAAAUAUGUAAAUAGCUAUAACUAACAUUAAAGACAAUUUUUCCUAUAUAUACGAAGGGUGGCACUUGAGGGCUAAAAAAUGCUAAUAUCAGCAGCGAAAAUCUGAAAAUCACAAGGCAGAACCACAUUUUUUCAAAAUUACCCAGGGUUCCUCGACGUUGUCCAUCGUAUUGGCUGCCGCUGAAACUGGAGGAUUACGUAAGGGCGCGUUGCGGCGGCAAGGUAAUCCCUAUUUCAUUAAUGAAAUCGAAGCACGAACUAAUACUGGAUCUCCCGAUCUCGCAAUAAAUCUAGAGGCCAAGAUGAAACACCCAGUGAGCAUAUUCUUCUAAGAGCGUUCCCAAAUCAUUUUGAAAAAAAAACUGACAGGAUAGUCAUACUGAUGCAUUGCCCAAGUCUCUUAAAAACCCAAAUACACAUGGAACAUGUCGAUAUGGGGAGAUGAGAAGAAAAAAACAGCGCCAUAACCACCUCGGUUGCCUUAAUAGAUAAUAUAAGUAAACAUACAAAGUGCAGGAAGGGAGGAAGGGCAGUAUUAGCUCGUGCUUUGAUUUCAUUCAUGAAAUCGGGAUUACCUUGCAGGCGCUACGCGCCCUUACGUAAUCCUCUUUCAUUUCAUGAAAUCUCCGUCGAGCUAAUACUGGAUGCCUCGAACUCGCAAUAAAUCUAGAGGCCAUAGUCUCAACCACCUCUCUUCAAAGCCCACUAGAGAGAAUGGACUUUUAAAAUUCAAGACUUGGAUCAUGGAUUUUGCUUAUGAUAAAACUUUUGAAAACUAGACUCUCCUGACCAAUAUGCCUGACUCAUGUGUGCAAUACAUACACCUAUCACCUUCGCUUUUGAUGUUGUUGCCGAUCUAGUUGAAUGAGAAAUAAACUUGGUGAUAUCAAUACCGGCUAAUCGAAGCAAAUCCUUAAUCCACCGUGAUAUUGUUGAUGAAGAUUCAGCCUUAUGUGGAUUCAUAUAACUAACUAAUAAUUGAGAAUCAGAUACUCUCAAUAUGUCCCUUCUACUCAAAUAGGCUGUCAAAGCACAACUAACCUCAGCAAAUUUGUGAAAUUUUACAGGAGGCUUUUGCUUUCCUGGACGAGAAACCUUAGUAAGAUUUUUAAAAAUAAAAACAAAGUUUUCAUGUUUCACAAAAUAAUCUGUAUUCAAAUAUGAAAUUUCAGAAACUCCGCUAGCAGUUGUUAGGGCAAGUAAGAUCGCUACUUUUAAAGUUAAUUAUUUGUCUGUGAGAAGGUUAUUUUCUGGCAAGUUUUUAACCCUAUUCGCUCCGGGGUUUUCGAACAUAUUAUGACAGGCCUCCUCAAUAACUUUUCAUAGGUUUGUCCAAAUUGAAUCAAAUUUGGCACACUUUAGUACGUUACUAAAGGAACAAAAUCGCAGCAAUAUAUUUUUGCUCGCGUCAGCCCUUUUUUUGUGACGUCAUCAAAACCUUAAAAUUUGUCCAAAAUGCCACUAUCUGCUUAUAAUUCAAUUACUUUAGUUCUAAAGCGAAUUUUUACAUUUUGUUUGAAGUUUCUGGAAGCUAAAUAAAAGUUAUUUAACAUAUUUUCCGGUUUUUACACAUAUCGCAUAAAAAAACUACCGAAAAAGGUAUUAAAAAAAACCGUUAGAGGGGGGGGGGUGCGGAAUCCGACCCCCGGACCGAAUAGGGUUAAGAUACUUCAGGACCUGUUGCACAUCGUGCCACAACCCUUGGGGGUUCCCCAACUGGCUUUCCAUUAACCACAUCAUGGAAGGCAGAAAUGACUGGUCUAUAUGAUCCUAUAGUGCUACACUCUAAACCUUGCUCGAAUAGACCGGCUAAAAAAUUGUAAGGGCGCGAAGCCCCCGCAAUGUAAUUCGAAUUUUAUGAAUAAAAUCGAAGGAAGAUCUAAUACUGCGUUCUUCGAACCUAAUCGCAAAUCAGACUGGGACACAGACGAACCUUACUAAAACAAAUACUCUAAUUUCGCGCGUUUGCUUUUGCGAAGGUAUUUUUUCUAAGAAAUAUAAGAAAAAUAAGGAGUACAACCAAGGAAUACUCAUAACUUAAAUGCUUAAUUUUGGCAUUGUAUAUAAUAGAUGUAAUAAAGAAUACAACUAUUACUUUUA